CAAAUGGCAUAUGGAGAAGUCCCAGCUAUUACUUGGGAAGCUGCAGAAUUUUGCCAGAUUGGACUUCCACUAAUCCAGUUUUGCAGGCUGCAAAUAGAUUUAAUUCUACAUAAAUCUGUAACUCGGAGUUGAGACAACUUUGAGCUCUUUAAUGCCUUGUGCUACUGCCCUGGAGGCCUGCGUGUUGCAGAGCUCUGUUUACAUAAGCAAGUGAGCAGAACCCUCAGUCGGUUUCAUACAGGUAGAUGUGAGUCCUUGAAAAGUCAUUGUGACUGGAAGGGGCACGUUGUAUGUGUGUGAGACUGUGCUAUUUUGAGCCUAGCUGGGGUAUUUUAGUGAGAGAAAUGACAUUAUAGCCUGUGAAAAGGAAACAGUACUUGUGUCUGCUUCACUCAUAGGCUUGCUGAGAUGUAUGAAAACAAGAACACAAACAUAGAGUUGCUCUCUGGCUUUGGCUGCUUGCAUUUCUCUACCUGACUUGCUGUCUGUGUAACUAAUCCCUCUGCUUCCUAACUCCCCAUGCCGAUUCUCCAAACUCACCUUGAACGCUCGAACUUCUUGGGAGAGAGAGUCAAGUGAAAUACGCUAUAAGAGGCUUCAACAUUUACUUGAAAAAAGCAACAUCUAUUCCAAAUUCUUGCUAACCAAAAUGGAGCAGCAGCAGUUGGAGGAACAGAGGAGGAAAGAGAAGUUAGAAAAAAAGAGAGAGAUGAUGUUAAAAUCUGCCAAGGGUCAAAAUCCAGUUGAUGGCAAAGAGGAGAAGACAGGUGCAAAAAAGAAGAGGGGGAGAGAAGAUGGAACAUACAACAUCUCAGAAAUUAUGUCCAAGGAGGAGAUAUUGUCAGUAGCAAAAAAAAGUAAAGUGGAAAAUGAGGAUGAAAGCUCUUCUAACAACCUAUGCCCAGAAGACCUGCAAAGAAAUGGAGACUCAAAUAGUGUCAUUAAGGAUAGAUUGUGUCAAGCUGUCCGACACAGUGCCAAGCAAUUCCUUGAUCCUGUACGGAAAUUUAAUGGACAACCAGUGCCUUUUCAACAGCCCAAGAUUUUUACCGGAGGUGUAAUGAGGUGGUACCAGGUGGAAGGCAUGGAGUGGCUAAGGAUGCUUUGGGAAAAUGGUAUCAACGGCAUUUUAGCUGAUGAAAUGGGAUUGGGGAAGACCAUCCAGUGUAUUGCAACAAUAGCACUGAUGGUGGAGCGAGGAGUCCCUGGUCCAUUCUUAGUAUGUGGUCCUCUGUCUACUCUUCCAAAUUGGAUGUCUGAAUUCAAGAGAUUUACUCCAGAGAUUCCGCUAAUGCUCUAUCAUGGAACUCAACAGGAACGUCGUAAACUGGUUCGUAAAAUUCACGGACGACAUGGUUCACUGCAAAUCCAUCCUGUGGUCAUUACUUCCUUUGAAAUAGCAAUGCGAGACAGAAGUGCCCUGCAGCACUGCUUCUGGAAAUACCUGAUAGUAGAUGAAGGUCACAGGAUUAAAAAUAUGAACUGCCGCCUUAUCAGAGAAUUGAAACGAUUUAAUGCAGACAAUAAACUCCUGUUGACUGGUACUCCUCUGCAAAACAACUUAGCGGAGCUUUGGUCUUUGCUUAACUUCCUGUUGCCAGAUGUGUUUGAUGAUUUGAAAAGCUUUGAAUCUUGGUUUGAUAUUACCAGCAUUACAGAAACUGCUGAAGAUAUUAUUGCAAAAGAAAGGGAGCAAAAUAUCUUGCAUAUGCUACAUCAGAUUCUGACACCAUUCUUACUGAGAAGACUAAAGUCUGAUGUUGCUCUUGAGGUUCCUCCUAAACGAGAAGUUGUGGUAUACGCGCCACUAACAAAAAAGCAAGAAACUUUCUACACCGCCAUUGUAAAUCGCACCAUUAAGAAACUGCUCGGAAAUAAUGAGGAAGAAGUAGUGGAGGUGAGUCCUACAGGCCGACCAAAACGCCGUAGUCGAAAAGUGGUUGAUUAUUGUGAAGACCAUAAUGGUUCACCUGACGAUUUGGAAAAACUCAUCAGCAAAAUACAAGAGGAAGUAGAAAAAGAGAGGCCUGUGGUAGAUAUGAGUGUUCCCAUGGAUUCAGAGGUGAACCUUAAGCUGCAGAAUAUUAUGAUGUUACUGAGGAAAUGUUGCAAUCACCCCUAUCUUAUUGAAUAUCCUUUGGACCCUGCCACACAACAAUUUAAGGUUGAUGAAGAUUUAGUGAAGAACUCAGGCAAGUUUCUACUUUUGGACCGGAUGCUUCCAGAAUUGAAAAAGAGAGGUCAUAAGGUGUUGCUGUUCUCACAAAUGACUAUGAUGCUUGACAUUUUGAUGGAUUAUUGCUAUCUGAGAGACUUCAAAUUUAGUCGUUUGGAUGGCUCUAUGUCUUAUUCAGAGAGAGAAGAGAAUAUGCGUCAGUUCAAUACUGACCCUGAAGUCUUCCUGUUCUUAGUGAGUACAAGAGCUGGAGGCUUGGGCAUUAACUUAACUGCAGCAGACACAGUUAUCAUCUACGAUAGCGACUGGAACCCCCAGUCAGAUUUGCAGGCCCAAGACAGGUGUCAUAGAAUUGGCCAAACAAAGCCGGUUGUUGUUUAUCGUCUUGUGACAGCGAAUACUAUUGACCAGAAGAUUGUGGAGAGAGCUGCUGCCAAGAGGAAACUGGAGAAGCUGAUUAUCCACAGAAAUCAGUUUAAAGGUGGCAGAUCUGGUCUAGCACAGUCAAAGAGCUGCCUGGACCCUCAGGAAUUAAUAGAAUUGCUGAAAUCCAGAGACUAUGAGAGGGAGGUUAAAGGAUCUAAAGAAAAAGUAAUCAGUGAUAAAGAUUUAGAGUUACUCCUGGAUAGAAGUGAUCUUAUUGAUCAAAUGAAGACCUCUGAAAAAACGAAAAAGGAAAAAGUAGGUGUUUUCAGGGUCUUGGAAGAAUCGUCGGAUUCCAAUGCAGAAUGUGUGUUUUAAUGUGCAGACAUGGCCUGUACUCUUACAGGACAAACAUAUGCCUGACAUCAGAUCUUCAGAGGUGUUACUUGCACUGGUCCUUUGUGCUAAUUUUUCUUUAAGACUUUGUUCAAAUCCCUCGUGUUCUUCCAAUUAAUUCUGACAUGUUCUACAGUACAAUGCAAGUGAUAGUUUCCUGUUGUGGCUUUGGUAGGCUCUUAAAAAGAAUUAAAUGAGCAUAUUUCAUACUUGAGGCUAAUGCUUGUAAAGGCUGGUAAAAACAAAACCAAAACAAGACAGACAAACUUCCUGUGGAAGUCCUAAACAACUUUUUUUCAUUUGAUGUUAGUUACAGUUUUAUUUGGAAGGGAAAGAACAUGUGCCUUUGUUACAGCCAAUUAUGUAGCUUCUGGGUUUUAACUUCUGCAAAUUAUUUUGAUUAAAUGUUUGGUUUACCUUAAAA